AUGUCUUCUCCCGGUCCGUCACCCGCCGUUGUUGUCAUGACUGCGGAAUCUAACGUAGUAAAAGAAGACGAAGAAGAACCAGACAUCCGUCGUGAACAUGAAAUGGGCUAUCACCAAGAACUCUAUCGUGGUUUUUCUCCAUUCAUGUCAUUUGCCUUCUGUUUCACUGCUGUCAAUGUGCUCACAUCCCUUUCAAUCAGUUUCACCGAUGCACUGAGAACUGGUGGAUCGGGUGUGGCCAUAUGGUCUUGGUUUGUUGGAUCUGGUUUUACAAUUCUCGUCGGUCUAUCAUUGGCUGAAAUCUGCUCUGUAUAUCCAAGUGCUGGUUCUGUCUAUUAUUGGGCUGGUCAACUAGUACCUACUCGACAUGCUCCAUUGGCUUCAUUUAUUUGUGGAUGGUUCAAUUUCAUUGGCAAUGCAUCAGCUAAUGCUGCGUUCUCAUCCGGUUUCGCUAGCAUUGUUAAUGCUGCUCUUAUUCUUGAUGGUAAACAAUCGUUGAGUACAGGAGCGCAAGUAGGUAUUAGUAUAGGAAUUACCGUUGUAUGGGCCAUUCAAAACAUAUUCCGUAUUGAUCAACAAGGAUGGUUCAAUAACCUUGCUGCUAUCUUUCAAAUAACUUCUACAAUUAGUACUGUUGUUGUUCUCUUGGUUAUGGCACCUGAACGAGCUUCUGCUCAUGAUGUUUUUAUAUCCACAUACAAUGGUACUGGAUUUCCCUUUCUAUAUAUGUGUUGUAUUGGUAUCCUUUCGACACUGUUCUCAAUGGCCGGUUACGACGCCGGUGCUCAUUUGGCCGAGGAAACUCAAAACGCUAGUCUUGCAGCUCCUAGAGGGAUCAUAGGCACUUGUGUAAUCGGUGCUGUUGUCGGUGCUGCUUACUUACUCGCUCUGCUCUUUGCAAUCCCGGAUAUGGCCUUGUUCAUGGAAAAUAACAGUGAUGACAAUUCUUCGCUCAACUUGGCAGUUGCAGCCUAUAAAUUAGCUGUACCACGUGGAGGCGCACUUGCACUGACAAUUCUUCUAGUAGUUAAUGUGUACUUUGGCGGCAUGUCAUCUAUUACAGUGACCAGUCGGAUUGGUUUUGCCAUGGCCCGUGAUGGUGUAUUCCCAUUUUCAUCUUCUCUUCGUUGGAUUUUUCCGCCGACCAAAGCACCAUUGGUUAUUAUAGCUUUGGUCGUGAGUAUUGAUUGUCUUCUUCUUUUACUCCAGCUAGCAUCAACUACUGCAUUUGCUGCUAUUAUCUCGAUUGCUACGCUCGGCUUCCAAAUCUCUUAUGUAAUACCUAUUUUCUUUCGAUGUACAGUUGGUCGAAAGAGAUUCCCUGUUGGUGAAUUCAAUUUAGGCCGAUUCAGUCUUCCUAUUGCUAUUGUUUCGGUUGUUUGGCUUUUUAUCACUUCAAUAUUCAUGUUCUUCCCUUCAACUUAUCCUGUAACAGGAGAUAAUAUGAACUAUGCUAUUGUGAUCAUUGGUGGUGUGGCAUUGAUCGCUGGAACCUAUUGGAUUGUUUCUGCCCGCCGUUGGUUUAUGGGUCCUAAACGAGAUCGUGUCGAUUCGAUUGUAUUACCACCGGUUUUCAUUGCCACAGUUCACUUUAAAAACACAGAAGAAUAG